UGAAGUUUACCAAAGUUUUACACCAACUUGAUCACUAUACAGUAAGCAUGCCCUUGUCUACGAACUUCCUCAAUGACUCCAACAGUGGCAGUUCUGCGGUUAUAGGCGUUCUUUUGUGUUCUAGACCCUUGAUGAGUAGUAUCCCGAUGUUAAUUCAACUUGCUGUCGCUGUCGCCGUCUUGUAUGAUCACUCAUUGACCUUCGCUCGUGAAAUAGAUUAUAUAUGGCGGAGGCCGCCUUCAAUAGUGGCCGCCUUAUAUCUAUUGGACCGCUACCUGGGCGAUUCCGUCGUGAUCAUUGGUGUAUAUCUGUGCCUCACUGAAGAUGCAUCAACACAAGUCCGAGCGUGGGGUACUCUUUUGUGCAUCAUGCAACUCCGAAUAUAUGCUAUGUACCGGCGGACUAGGCGGAUACUAAUGGUAUUGGUCUUUGCUUUCUCCAGCGAGGUCUUUGCUGUCAUUGUAAUCAUCUGGAGAACCAUUGGUCCAGCAAGCCAGUUGGUUGUCACCGACGAGUCUCCAAGCUUUCCCGGGCAGCACCUGUGCACCUUCUCCGGGAUCAACGCAGAUUUCACUUAUUUGUUCAUACCCGUCUUUUGCUUCGAGCUAUUGCUCUUCUUCUUGGCCAUUAGAGUUUCCCUCAAUAAUAUGAGAGAGAGGAAGGCCACCCCUGGUACCUCCAGCUUGCGCGUAAAUUCAUUCAUGAGCAUACUCGGUGCGAGACAGCAUUUUAUAUUUCUUCAUGUUAGCGUCAUCCUUUUUUUAAACCUGGCGAUGUGCGUUAUCGUCAUGAGCCUGUGGCGGAAUGCCGCUGCCCUACACGCAAAUAUAUCUAUCCCGUUCAUCAUGCUUGUCCAGACCAUAAUUGGCACCCGCAUGGUAAUCAACUUCAAGGAACAUUGUUCUCGCCGGUUGAACUCGGAACCGGUCAUGAUCACUGGGUCAAUACACUUCGCGGGAGUCGGUGAAGAGUCUGCGCGCCAGGUCACGAACUAUGACCACUCGAACGAAGGUGACGAGGAGAUGCAGCCGGUCAAGAGUGAUGAAGAGAGUACUGAGGUCAUCAUUUACGAAGAAUUAUAACUUUUGAUUGCUGCGAUUCAUAUACGUGUACAACGCAGAGUCCAUACGACUGGUGUAAAUACAAUAUAAGGUACUGGAUAU